AUGGCGCCCGUGGCUAGACGCACGGGGCGAGAGGCGGGGCGGAUGAAAAGCGUGGGCACUCCGAAUGCCCCCGCCUCUAUGGCCGCCUGGGUGCUCGCCUGCACGCGUGGGGGCACAGAUGGGAAUGAGGGGAAUGAGACUGGUGGCAGGGCGGUAAGGCAGGCUGGCAAUGGCAAGCACAGUGCGCAUGCAUGCACUCACGGCGGCUCAACUCGUGGCUCAACUCACGGCUCAACUCACGGCUCAACUCACGGCUCAACUCACGGCUCAACUCACGGCUCAACUCACGGCUCAACUCACGGCUCAACUCACGGCUCAACUCACGGCUCAACUCACGGCUCAACUCACGGCUCAACUCACGGCUCAACUCACGGCUCAACUCACGGCUCAACUCACGGCUCAACUCACGGCUCAACUCACGGCUCAACUCACGGCUCAACUCACGGCUCAACUCACGGCUCAACUCACGGCUCAACUCACGGCUCAACUCACGGCUCAACUCACGGCUCAACUCACGGCUCAACUCACGGCUCAACUCACGGCUCAACUCACGGCUCAACUCACGGCUCAACUCACGGCUCAACACACGGCUCAACUCACGGCUCAACACACGGCUCAACUCACGGCUCAACUCACGGCUCAACACACGGCUCAACUCACGGCUCAACUCACGGCUCAACUCACGGCUCAACUCACGGCUCAACUCACGGCUCAACUCACGGCUCAACUCACGGCUCAACUCACGGCUCAACUCACGGCUCAACUCACGGCUCAACUCACGGCUCAACUCACGGCUCAACUCACGGCUCAACUCACGGCUCAACUCACGGCUCAACUCACGGCUCAACUCACGGCUCAACUCACGGCUCAACUCACGGCUCAACUCACGGCUCAACUCACGGCUCAACUCACGGUGAGCGCCUGCUUGACGGCAGGUGUGGCAGCAGCAGCCAGCAGCGCGUCCUGCUGGGCGGGCGCGAUGCCGGCCCGGCCGCAGGCAUGGCGCAGAAAGGCAGGCGCGCACAGGACAGUCCACAGCACGUGCAUGUGAGGGACGACCACAUGCUGGGGUUGGGGACGAAAUGCGCCCAGUGGGACGCUUUAGAGCCUUUUCACAAGGGACUCGUGAUGUGA